ACAGCACCAAGAACUGGACAGAGAAGAUUUUGCGUCAGACAGAAGUCUUGCUGCAGCCAAACCCUAGUCUCUCUGGUCUUCCAGGUGCCAGAGUUGAAGAAUUCCUGUAUGAAAAGCUAGACCGGAAAGUGCCCUCUCGGGUGACCAACGGGGAGCUCCUGGCGCAGUACAUGACGGAGGCAGCCAACGACUUUGGCCCAGGGACUCCCUACGGAAAGACCCUCCUCAAAGUUGGGGAAACUGAGAGGCGCCUGGGAGGAGCUGAGCGGGAUUUCAUCCAUUCCGCAUCCAUCAACUUCCUGAGUCCUUUGCGCAACUUCCUGGAGGGAGACUGGAGAACCAUUUCUAAAGAGAGACGGAUUCUGGAGAACCGCCGCCUGGAUCUGGACGCCUGCAAAGCCAGGUUGAAGAAAGCAAAGGCCGCCGAAGCCAAGGCAGCGGCAGAGCACGAGCUCCGGGUGGCCCAGACGGAGUUCGACCGGCAGGCAGAAGUCACUCGCCUCCUCCUGGAAGGGAUCAGCAGCACCCACGUCAACCAUCUGCGCUGUCUCCAUGAGUUUGCAGAAGCGCAGGCCACGUACUAUGCGCAGUGCUACCAGUACAUGCUGGACCUUCAGAAGCAGCUGGGCAGGCUUCCUGGGACAUUUGUGGGCAACGUAGAAUCCACGUCGCCUCCCCCCGCCACUGCCUCCCCUACUGCCUUGGCUGCUGCCACGGGCCCAACAGUGCCCACCAUUCCAGUGGUGCCCACUGUUGUUGGCGCACCCAACUCUGCCCCGACUGUAGAAGGUCUAAACCCCAGUGAUGUUAAGCCCCCUGCCAGCGGGACACGGAAGGCCCGAGUGCUCUAUGACUACCAGGCGGCUGACAGCAGCGAGCUCUCCUUGCUUGCCGACGAGAUGAUCACUGUGUACAGCCUCCCAGGGAUGGAUCCCGACUGGCUCGUAGGGGAGAGAGGCAAUCAAAAGGGGAAGGUGCCCGUCACCUACCUAGAACUGCUCAGUUAAGCACCUCUGGGAAAGGAGCCUUCAAGCAAGACUUCCGCCCCUCUGUCUCCCGGCGCCUUUGAAAAAGGCUGGCCGACUUCAUCCAAGACCAUUGCUCUCUUCAGGGCCAGAUUUCACUGUUUGGAUUGAGGCAACCGAGGGGGUGGGGGGGUGUAGUGAGGGUUUGGGUGUGGGCACUUUCACCU